AAAGCAAAAGGAUUAGAUGUAAAUAAAAAGAGAGUUUCCAUUGGAUUGAGGAAAGAUGAAUAGAGGGGUAAUAACUCGAGUGUGAAGUUUAAUUCUGAAAUUAUAGACGCCAAACCCGAAUAAUGGACAAUUUUAGCAUUAUUAAGAAUAACUUUUAGAUCUGUUAUACUGGAUUCUGUAAAUUUUGCUUAAAGGUUAAUUAGUGUAGCCAUAUAAUACUCGCCAUUUAGAUCUAUUGUUAGUAAAGGUAACAAGAUACCUGGAAUUCGCUGUAUAUCAUGCAGUUUUAUUCAUGGCAACAAAGUUUAAAAUCCCAGACCUACACGGCUCCUGUCAUUCAAAGAAGACCAGUGACAGAAGUCUGCGCUAUUAUCACAGACUCCUGUACGAUCAGUAGUGGCUCUUUAGCUACACCAUCUCUAGGCCUGAGUGCUGCUAUAGCUGCGUCAAGGCUAAUGGGUUCAGAUCUCAAACAGAAACUUCAAAGCCUGAAAGGCCAUUUGAAUGAUAUCUUGGAUAGAAGCAACAAAAUUCAAGAAAAUUAUAAGCUUGUAUGGCUCAUGUACUACGAUGAUAUGGUGCCUGCAGUCAAAGGUAUAAUGAGAAUCUCCCCAGUUCGUCACUGUGAUAUAUCUCUAGAACAGAAUAUCAAGCUUCAUAUUUUAAUGCAGCUGGGCAUUUUUACCAACUAUAUCAGAUCCCAGGACUGGGACGAGGCUUACACUGGAGUCAGAGCCGAUCUAACUCAGAUGAAAGCCACCUUGAACAAAGCUUUAUGCUUGCUGAAGAGCCUAGUUCAGCCCGCUUACACCAUCAGCGACAUAGAGGCGUACGUUGACAGAGAUUAUAUCAAGCCCAUGCCAGCCCUUGUUGACGAGUCGGAAAUUGUGAAGCGUGCCUUCGUCAUGGCCGAGUUGAUAGUCCUGUCCGAGACAUUGAGCACGUAUGUUAUCAACGAGACUGACAUCACAUUAAAAGAUGAAACACUUUCUACAGUUCAGUGUUGACAAUUAGUACAGGAACAAUUCCUUAGUGUUAAAUAUGUCAAUACUAUUGGUGAAUGUAUAUUUAGGAAUACAUUUGAAAAGUUAUUUUUGAUGUCGAUCUGCUUUUGUAUAAACAUUUAUUUAACCUGUUUACAAACCCGCUAAUCUGAUCAUAUUCGAAAAUUUAAAUUCUGUGGUAUGUGAAAACAUUAACUUCACGUAGACAAGGGAGGUAAAAGUUCACAUUGUACUUUAAAAAAGAAAUAUUUUGUGCAUAACUCCCUUCUCAAAUCAUUUUAUUUUGUUUGAACUUAUAAUUUAAAGCAUUGAGCGAUAUGCAUGUUUUGUUAAACCAAUUAUAAUAGAUUAUUAAUAACUAUGUUUUUUUUAAACUAGUUAUAUAGGGAUAAGUCAUGUAGGACAAAUAACUAUGCAUAUUGUAUUUAUGCAUGAUAAAAAGUUGAACUUUCUUUCGAUGCUGUCUAAGCAAUAUAUACAAACAUAAAUAUAAACAUUCCAAAAGUUAAUUUAAUGCAAUGACCAUUUAAAAAUGUAACAAUAUUAUUCAUAAUUCUGGACUUGUUGGUUCACUCCACUUGAUGUUAUCAAAAGACAUGCUUUUUUUUUUCAACGCUCAUGUCUCCUUUUUGAAACUCUCCUGGUCAGGAGAACUGAUUAGUAGCUCAUACUGAGCCGAGUCUUACAAGACUGAAACAUUGACUAAUAGACCUUCAUCUGUAUUAUAUAUGUAAAUAAAUAUAGUAUAUUUAUUGAAAAAGAUUCAUUCCACGUAGCUCAACCCGUAUGAAUGUAUACGUUUAUUUAAAGUACUUGCCAUUUGUUAUUUAUUUAUAUAUACAUAAAAUAUUUAUUGAGCUAAUGUUUUGAAUGUAUACAACUUGAUGCGUGUAUACCCCAUGUGGGUAUUCAGCAUUCCAACAAAAAGUAUUUUUCUUUUUACAAUUUAUUUUAAUCUACAGUUAUUUAUUCUCUGGUGAAUUUAUCAUUUAACAUGGACCUAUUUUGUCUCAACAUUUCACAAUCAAAAUAUAGCCAUUUACUUCAAACAUUCCACUGAUGGCUCAGUGUUGUUGCAUAAACAUACUUUUUAUUUUAUAUUGAAACGAUAUUUCUUUACAUCUUUUUUUUUUCUCGCUCUUACUGAAAUGUAAUACUUAAAGAAGGCCAACUGGAUUUAAAAAAUAGAACUAUAAAUAAAGAACAUAUUACUGUAAUCAGCUUUUACUGUUCAUAGCCCCAUAUCUGGGAAUCCACAGGCUCUUUGUAAUGUGUACUAUAGAGUAACCAUCAGGUUGUUGACAGAAAUCGCCUUAUUUGUACAUUCUAAGAAUAAUAGAGUUGUGUUGCAUUAUACAACUUGCUGAUGUUUAUUUCUUUGAUAUGCAACUGAUAUGUUUUAUACACAUUUUUAUGUUGUGAUGUUUAUAUUUAUUGAGUGACAUUAUCAUUCAAUUUGUUUUUUUAUGUUAUUCUAAUCAAAUAAGUCUUUCUGUGGCAUGUCAAGAUAGAGAUUCUUUGAAAAAGGGAAAUACAAUGUAUUGUUGUCUCCCUUGUUGAAUUCUUGCCUGUUCUACAAUCUAGUCUUGUACUUGAUAUUGACAUCAUGCUUUAACACUUACCAGUUCAAUGAAAACAUUUUUUUUUUAAAUAGACACAGAAUUAUGCAAUAUUCACUAUAUUUAUUUGUAAAUACAUUUAUUUAUUUUAAUGUUUGUUAACUUAAUUUUUUUUUCUUUGAUUUGAUGCAAUUUAUUUAUUUAUGUCAAUGAUGCAUUCAAUUGUUCAGUUGUGAGACAUGCACUUACAUUCAAAUGGCUCUGUUGAUAGCAAUGACCUGAGUGUGUAUACACAUUAAAAACAUGAACACACGAACGCAUCUUUGUGUAUUUCAUUUAAG